AUGAAACGCAGCCAUCCUUCGCUCGGGGAGCCGGAGAGAGAUUCCUGCUGGUCCCUCUUUGAUGAUGAAGAAACCCAGGAGGAAGCUGAAGGUGUGGGCGGCGUCUGCGCAUCGGAACAUCCCUACUUCAAAGGCCGAACCUUCCCAAAGGAGUCAUUGGAAGAGGCCUUGGAGGAGUACAUCCCGACAGCUUGUGACUUCCUGACCAUGGCUGGGAUGCAGGGCCGGUCGACGGCAUCCUCCCUGCACAAGGCCGCCGGCCGAUUCCGUGCCAAGGACCGCGAGGGCUGUGCCGCAGCUGCGCGCGUGGCUGCUGGCGGCGCUUGGCAGCUCUUGCAGGAGACGGCCCCGUCAGAGGCCAUCCUCCACACGCACGCGCUCUCUCAUGCAAUGCUGGCCGCCUCCCUUGCCGAUCCAUGGGAGGCGAUGCGACAUGCAGAUCUGGCUUUACUUUUGUGCCCAGACCUGCCGAUUGGGGCGCUACAUGGGUUGGCACAGGAGUGCAACCUGCGCUGCCAAGCCCAAGCCCAGACUCCCUGCGCCGAAGAACGGGCCUGGCAUAUCCCAGCGGAGCUGGACCUUCGCAGCCCGAAAGUUCCACAGAUCCUGCAGCCCAUCGAACGUGUGGGAUGCCAUGGGCUCUCGGUGACAUCCUUCCGGGAGCGCAUGCUGAAGCGGGCGUGUCCUGCAGUGGUGGAGGGGCACCUGUCGCAGGCGCACUGGAAUGCGCAGGGCUGGUCAGACCUGAGGUUCUGGGCUGUGCAGCACGGGCAUCGCACCAUACCGAUCGAAAUGGGCUCUUCAGAGGAUGACGCAACCAGCAUGGCGCUGCAGCAAUCGAACGUCUCAGAAGGAAGCCUCCUGGUCUCUGUGUUUGUGGACAAGUAUCUCUUGCCUUCCAACGAGUCCUGA